CGCAAAAGGCAGACGCAAUGCAUUGUGGUCACCGGUGCUUGGCAGGAAACAGAGACCACACGACUGUUCACUGAGCUAUUUCGAAUUUAAGUCGGGACAAGACAAUUGAAGCCUGAAGCUGUUGAUCUGAUACCAGCUACCAAUCAGCCAUGUCGUCCACAUCCCAGAAGCAUAAAGACUUUGUGGCAGAGCCCAUGGGGGAGAAGUCUGUGAUGGCUCUUGCAGGAAUUGGAGAGGUUCUCGGUAAAAGACUGGAGGAGAAAGGCUUUGAUAAGGCGUACGUUGUCCUCGGGCAGUUCCUGGUGCUGAAGAAAGACGAGGAGCUCUUCCGGGACUGGCUGAAGGACACAUGUGGGGCAAACGCCAAACAACAAGGUGACUGCUACGGAUGUCUGAAAGAAUGGUGUGACGCCUUCUUAUAAAUCUUCAAGUCAAUUUUUUUUUUAUGUCUGAAGUCCAAACUGUUCAUUACCUCCACUGAUUUUGAUUAAAUUCUGCUGCACCAUACAUUUGGACUGACACUGUACACAAUAGUAAGGUUUUGAAGUAUACUGGCAGCCAUGAUAUUUCUGUAUUUCUUAAAUUCCUUGCCCCUUCAACCCCUGGUUUUGGCCACGAUUAAUCUGGAUGUCUUUCAUGUUAAAUUGGUGUGCCACUUUCAUUUUGGCAUGUCAACAGGUAAAUCUCACUAAAUUUAUGAUGGGUCAUUUAGGUUUAGAUGUGAUGUAAUAUGUGUUACUUAGUGAACCUGUUUGACAAGGAAAAAAUGUCUACUGAGGAGCUUCAGAUUGAAUGUCUAAUGCCCAGAUUAGAGAAAGCUGCUCGUGUUCAUCAUAUGGCAUGUACAAGAUGAAUUUUAAAUGUUUGGUUUAUAUGGUGGUGUUCAUUUGCAAACAAUUUUACAGUUCAAAUACAGUUACAUGGUGAGUUUGUUUCAAUGUUAGAAUGUUAAAACCUUCAGACACAGUGUUUGUUUCAGUUUAGAGCGUAUCUUUUUGUUUCUCUUUAAUGGGAUGUACCGGUACAAUCCACACUAAUACACAGGCCAGAUUUCAACUUUAAUGCUCUGUUUGUCUGUUUUUAAAGCCAUUGGAAAGUUAAUGUAAGCUGUAUUUUUCUAAAUAGCUCAUCCUACCGUAUUUAAGUAUCAUGUACUGUAUGUGCAUCAACAUGUGAUUCUUUGAAGAGCUGUCUUGCAGGAGGUAUGACUCUUGUGACACAAAAACAAAACCUCAAAACUAAUAUGACACUGACUGAGCAAAGAAGGGUUUUUAAAGAAAAAUCUUAUAGAAACUUUUAAUUCAUAUCUGGUUUGCGCUGAAGAAGCACAGUUUUCUGGUCUGCUCAGAGCUUGUUUGAACCUGAAAUGUAUGUAAAUAAAGAUGCCUCUACAACAAA